AUGCAAUGUGACAGCAGUCAGCCAGAGUUCUCUGAGAUCAAAGCUGAGCACAGUGAAUUGGAGAUCCCCCAGACAGAACCCCUUGCUGUUAAACAAGAAGAGGUGCUGGAAAUUGUCCGUAUUAAACAGGAGCCCCCUGAAGUAGAGUUUGACCACAUGGAACCAGAGAAGGAAGAAUCUGAGAAUAUCAAAGCAAACAUCGCUGAGCUGGAGCCUGUGUGCCUGCGGGAGUGUAGCGUGGUGCUGGAGAGAAUCUGCGUGAGAAAGCAAGGCACUGGAGAGAAAGGCUCUCCCAACAGCAUGCAGGGAGGUGGAAAGGAAGACAGACGCUCACAUUCAGAAUGCAGUCUAGCAGUGGAGCCUGUCCACAUUAAAGAGGAGGAGACUGAACUGGAGCCUGUCCACAUUAAAGAACAGACUGAUCUGGAGCCUGUCCAUGUUGAAGAGGAGUCUAUUAACUUGUUGUUAAAUGAUUCAAAAAACAUAUCCCAGCCAAAGAGAUCACAUCAAUGUAAUGAAUGUGGGAAGAGCUUCAGCCGGCAAGGAAACCUAAAAACACACCAGCGAAUUCACACUGGAGAGAAGCCGUAUCACUGUAUUGAAUGUGGAAAGAGCUUCUGUCAGUUAGGAGUCCUAAAAGAACACCAGCGAAUUCACACUAGAGAGAAGCCGUAUCACUGUACUGAAUGUGGAAAUAGCUUCCGUGAGUUAGGAGUCCUAAAAAAACACCAGCGAAUUCACACUGGAGAGAAGCCGCACCACUGUACUGAAUGUGGGAAGAGCUUCAAUGCAUCAGGAAGCCUAAAAAGACAUCAGCGACUUCACACUGGAGAGAAGCCAUAUCAAUGUAUUGAAUGUGGGGAGAGUUUCAAUGCAUCAGGAAGCCUAAAAAGACAUCAGCGACUUCACACUGGAGAGAAGCCAUAUCAAUGUAUUGAAUGUGGGGAGAGUUUCAGUGAGUCAGGAAACUUAAAUAGACACCAACGAAUUCACACUGGAGAGAAGCCGUAUCACUGUUCUCAAUGUUGGAAGAGCUUCAGUCAGUUAGGAAGCCUGAAAACACAUCAGCGAAUUCACACUGGAGAGAAGCCGUAUCACUGUUCUGAAUGUUGGGAGAGUUUUAGUCGGUUAGGACACCUAAAAACACACCAACGAAUUCACACUGGAGAGAAGCCGUAUCACUGUUCUCAAUGUGGGAAGAGCUUCAGUCAGUCAGGUACCCUAAAAACACACCAGCGAAUUCACACUAGGGCCAGCCUCUCAUCCUAGUCCCUCACCUCUCCACCCUGCUUGUUUGAGUGUGUGGAGAGCUGACUGAUUCCUUGUCUCACUCUCUCACCCUGCAGUAAACGAAGGGGGUCCCCAGGAGUGAGAGCCUGCCUGAAUCCAGAGACACCGAGAAGGGGAACAUGUUAAACUGAAGGAGACAGACCCAUUCUUUCAUAAUGAACUGAAUUGGAAAUUAAUCUUACUCAUCAUGCUGUGAGGAUUUAUGCCAAGCUUGUUUCUGUGAACACAUUAAACAAAGCAUAUAUAAGCACAAUAACACAUAUUUUUAAAAUGUCAUUACUGUACCAGUGGCAGUGAGACAGAAGUGAAUUGUUUAAAAUAAACUAAAACUAAGAAUAUCUUCAUGGGUGUGGGAGCAAUGUGUGCUUUAUCUUACUAGAAUGGACUCUGAGCUAUUGCACCAGUGCAGACACAAGAUGAAACAAACUUUUUUUAUUUCACGUGAUGUAAACUUUGCACUGGAGCAAAUGCCUUUUUGAGUUUGAAUGAACUUUACUGCUUUGGUGAGUGUUUUUUUUUUUUUAAUUGUUUUUAUUUUCUCCCAAUUUGAAAUGCCCAAUUAUUAUUUAGGCUCAGCU